AUGGGCGGGCGGCCUUCAAGCCCCCUGGACAAGCGGCAGCAGCAGCACCUGAGGGACCAGGUGGAGGCGCUGCUAAGGAACUUCCUGCCUCAGUACCGUGUGCAGCUGGCAGCCUCGGUCCUGCAGCAGAUUUCCCGGGAGCUGGUGCCCCAGGAGCUGGCCGGAUGCCAACUGCUGCCCAGCAAAAAGCUUCCCCGAGUCCGUGAGCACCGAGGACCCCUGACCCAGCUGCGGGGCCACCCUCCCCAGUGGCAGCCGACCUUCUGUGUCCUGCGUGGGAAUGGCCACCUGGAGUGGUUCAGCCACAGGGAGGAAUUUGAAAAUGGGGGCCGUCCUCUGGGCUCCACAGCGCUGACAGGGUACACAGUCCUGACUUCCCAGCGGGAAUAUCUCCGCCUGUUGGACACUCUCUGCCCAGACUCUUCAGGAGACCACACGCAGGAGGAGCCCGACCCCCUCCUGGAAACGCCCGUGAACUUCCCCCUGUUCCUGCAGCACCCCUUCCGAAGGCACCUCUGCCUCUCCGCGGCCACAGCGGAGGCGCAGCGCGCGUGGAGGCUGGCCCUGCAGGGUGGCAUCCGGCUCCGCGGCACAGUCCUACAGCGAAGCCAGGCCCCCGCCGCCCACGCCUUCCUGGAGGCCGUGCGGCUUUACCGGCAGCACCGAGGCCACUUCGGCCACGACGACCUGACGCUGGGCUCGGACGCGGAGGUGCUGACCGCGGUGCUGAUGCGGGACCUGCUGCCGGCGCUGCGGGCCCAGACCAAGCCGGGCCUGCGCGGGGCCGGCCGAGCCAGGGCCUGGGCCUGGACCGAGCUCCUGGAUGCGGUUCACGCCGCUGUCCUGGCCGGGGCCUCUGCCGGGCUCCGCGCCUUCCAGCCGGAGAAAGACGAGCUGCUCGCGGCCCUGGAGCGGACCAUCCGCCCUGACGUGGACCAGAUGAUGAGGCUGCGGGGGCGCGUGGCGGGGAAGCUGCGGACCGCAGUCCAGGGCCCGCUGGAGUCCUGCCUCCGAGGGAAGGUGGACGCGCAGCUGCCCCGGGUCUCGCAGACUCUGCUCAGCAUCGUGGAAGCGGCGCUGGCGGCGGUGCAGAACCUCCUAGCCCAGGGCAUGGACCGCCUGUGCCGCCACCUGCGUGCCAAUCCCUCCGGCGCGCGGCUGCGGAGAGAGGUUUACUCAUUUGGUGAGAUGCCGUGGGAUCCAGAGCUGAUGCAGACUUGCUUCCGUGAGGCUGAGCGGAGCCGGGGCGGCCUGGAGCAGCUGGUGGUACCGUUUGGCUUCCUGGGAGCACGCAGUCUGGUGUUUGGGGCCCAGGAUCUCGCACAACAGCUCAUGGCCGACGCCGUGGCCACCUUCCUGCAGCUGGCCGACCAGUGUCUGACCAGCGCCCUGGACUGCCACCAGGCUGCCCAGCAGCUGGAGAAAGUCCGGGGGCGCGUGCUGAAGAAGUUCUGGUCCGACAGCAGCUCGGCUCUGAGGAGGUUCGUGCGUGGGUGGCAGCUCUGCGUCUUUUUGCCCUUCGUGCGGAGCCAGCUGGAGCCGCGCUGCAGAGCGGAGCUGCGUGAGUUCGAAGGGGACGUCCUUGCUGUGGGCAGCCCUGCCCUGACCGUCGAGGGCAUCUACGAGGAUGUCAUACGGGGGGCCCUGCUGCAGAGGAUCGAUGGAGAACUGAAAAAGGCCCUCGGUGCCAGCGACGUGUCCUGCACUCGGGAUGGCUGCUCGGAGGCCGCAUGGGACCAGGCGGGAGCAGAUGAGGAAACUGAGGCUCAGAGAGGGACUUGUCCCAAGCAGCCAGGCUCCUGCACUGAGGUCCAGCCACUCUGCCCGCUGCUGCCUCCAAGGACGGUCCGGAGCUGA